AUCUCCAAAAUUUCACAAACUUCUUCUUGAUUUAUCUCUAAAUCCAUUCAAAGUUUGGAUAGACCACAACAACACAAGAAGAGAUUUUCGGAUUUGAAGUCCUUAUCAAGAGUCUCAAAAGAUUUUCGAAGUCGAUUCAAAUUGGGAGUCCUGAUAUUUUAAAGGUAUGAAUCUAGCCUUAAAAAAGGGAAGAUGUGCAAAGACUAGAUUAAUUUUAGGAUUCCAAUUUCAAAUAGGAUUAGAUUAUUAUCUGUAAUUUUGGGGAUUGGGAUUAGAAUUUAGAAUUAGAAAAAGGAUUGGAGUCCUCUCUAUUUAUGUAUAAAAGGAGGGGCACCUUCGGCUUUUGGGGGAAGAGAAUUGAAGAGGAAAUUUUGAGGGAAAAUUGGGAGAAAAUCAAGGGAGCAGGGAAGAGAGUUGGCAAGCCCUGAAGGAACAUUGGAGAGAUUGAGAGAAAGUGCAGUAGCUUGUAACCAGAACUUCAAGGAAAUAAAGCUUGAUUUUUCAUGUUUUUCAGGUGUGCAUUGUUAAUUUUUUUUUGGUGUUGUUCUGUCAUGUUUUUUUUUCAGUAAUUGCUUUGGUUUCCUUGUUAAAUUGUUUCCUUUUGCAACAGAUCUUGAGAAAGUUGGUAGCAGCCUUUCAUUUUUU